UAUGAGGCAGGGGAUACCCAAAAUGGGGAGCGCGCGCUCCGUUUGUAGCUUCAUGAGCGUCCCCAGUCGGCCCGGCGAUGUUUCCGGCGUUCUCCGGUGGUGGAGGACGGUGGUUGAGUCGGAAAUGGGAGGGCCUGGAUACUUUUUCAGUGCUACGAAACUUCGUUUGCUUCACAGUAAAACAGCUAUUGCAGCGGUUGACAACGAAUUUUCCUUCCGUAACUUUACCGAUGGGUGUCAAAUUAGGCGGUGAAGAGUUUGUGUCUAGAUUAUUGGACAGAAGAUGGACGUUGGCUGAUCCCGAUACCAAGAUAAGCAAAGUUACGUUCUCAAAUGCAGAUACAAAUCUUGAAAAUUCACCUGCUAGUCACCUGUGCUUGGCAGUCGACACAAAUAGUUGUACGUUUAAUGAUGUGUCGAGGACAGAUUAUCAAGAGCAGUCAUUCUAUGUUGUUAGGGAUGAUUUAUUGCACCCACUGAUAAAUGGUAACAAGGCAAGAAAACUGGAUGGAGUUCUACCUCUAAUUGAAGAUAACUCAGUGACUGAUGUGGUUACAUGUGGGGGUUGUCAAAGUGCACAUGCAGCUGCUACUGCUGUUUUAUGUGCAGAACGGGGUCUGAGGUCACAUUUACUUCUACGCGGGGAGCAACCUGAACUCUUAACUGGAUACAACUUAAUUUCAACAAUAUAUGGAAAUGUCACAUAUGUUCCCAGAGCUAUUUAUGCCAAUCGGGAAAAAAUGCUCAAGAGCCAAGCUGAUUUGGUGGCAGGCAGUAGUGACGGUAUCAUAUGGUUCGAUGAUAUUUUUCCAUCUUCUCUUAAGAAGCAAGCGUGUUCUACAAAUUCUGUGCAAAUUGAUUAUGAUUUUAAUAGAAGGGCUAGAAAGCAUGGAAGAAAGGUUAUAGUUAUCAAUGAAGGAGCUGGAGAUGCCGUCGCGUUGCUAGGUUUAAUUCGAUUGGUGAAGUACCUUUCCCAGGAUCAUUUACUUGGGAAACAGAGAGCUGUUAAGUUUGUUGUAGAUGCUGGAACUGGGACGACUGCAGUAGGUUUGGGUCUUGGAGCUCUAUGUUUAGGGCUCCCGUGGGAGGUCACUGCACUGAUGCUGGCUGAUAAAAUUGACGGGUAUAAACAGCAGGAGAAACGUUUGAUUUCUGAAUUCAGGAAGUAUUUUGGCUAUCCUGCUGACCUAGGCAACAAUGUAGUAAAUGGUGCAGUUGUCAAUUGGGUAGAGCGUUUCCAUCCAAGAAAAUUUGGCAAUGUGUUGGAUGGGGAAGUGGAGACGUGCAGACAAAUUGCUCAGAAAACCGGUAUUCUUGUUGAUCCUAUUUAUACUCUGGCUGCUUGGGAAAUGGCUUCUUUUCUUUCUCAAAAGGGAGCCAAAACAAAUGCAGAUGUGGUGGUAUUGCUUCAUACUGGUGGUACCCUAGGCAUGUUUGGACUAGCUCAAAGGUAUAAAUCUUACUUUAAUGACCUGAAAAAUGUGUUCCCUUAUUAACAGUAGUAGAAUAACAAGUCAAAUUUUUUUUUUUUUAAAUUUAAUUCUCUACAUUAUUGACUUCCGCAAUCUGUUUGAUAAUAUGCAUGGCAUGAGUGCACCAUUACU